UCACACACCCACACGAAUGAAGGAGAACCCGAGAAGCUGAGGUGUAGCUUAUACUGUAGAGCGGCCCACCACACCACACCACACCACACCACCGCUAGUGACCUCGACGAGUCAGCCGAUGGUUGAAGCCAAUACGUGCGGUAGUGCAUAAACUGGUGCGUCCUACACCCUACACAGGUGUAUUUGGUUCAGGUGUAGUGGUCAACCACCAGGUGAACUAUGAGUGCUUGAGUGACGGACUCACCUACACACGGACAUAUCUGAGUGACUACAUGUUGAGUGGCUACUGAGUGGUCAGUGUCUCAGGAGUAACUGGCAGUGACUGUCGUAGAGGUGAGUGAGUGUAGGUGAUAUGUAGUACGUGGCACCAGUGCCAGGAACAGUGACUGAGACAUUAACAACAGUUAACAGUGAAAGAAACAAGAGUGUCUCUGGCAGCAACAACAGAGACAGGCACAGUGGCUGUGACAGCAGCAGCAGCAGCAGUAGUAGUGCCAGGAGCUCUUGAGAGCAACAAAAUUGUCAGAGACAGAGCCACCAAUUGUAUCUGGGACAGUGGCAGUGACGACAGUGCCAGUAACAGAACCAGGAGGCGUGGGCAGAGUAUCAGUGCCAGGUGUUGUGGGAGCAACAACAGAAACAGUGCCACUUGAGGUGUCAGGAACAGUAGCAACAGCGUCUGGAGUAGUACCAACACCCACAGUGCCAGGGGUGAGGGGGGCCACUGACCACAACACACUCCUGCUGGGUCUCUCCACCUGUAAUGCAAACGUGAAGAUGACGGACGAAAGUCUUGCCAGCGAGUAUGUGGCGGACUUCAUGCUGGAGCCGCUCGAAGACGUCAUGGGCGUCAAGGAACACAAAGACAUUCACGGUAUGGGCGGUGUGGGCAUGGGCCGCAUCCAUACCCACAUGAUGGCCCCUCACAUGCCCAACAUGGGGGCUACCGCCGGAGCCUGGAUGAACCACCAUCACCAUCAUCAUCAUCACCACCCCGGUGGCAUCGCCGGAAUGCCCACGCCGCAGAUCAAGCCGCCGUCGCAAGUGCCAGGGACCCCCCCAGAAACACCACCUGGGUCCUCACCCACCAAUGGUUCCCUGCCACCCUCGCCGCCCUUCCAAGGUGUACCGCAACACACCCUCAUGGAGGAGAUGUGGCCAUAUAACCCUCGCUACAUGCAAGAACCGCUAGACCUACGCCCUGGUCCACCGUGCGGCGGCGAGCAGCUGGAACCGCAGUCAUGGAUGCUGGACCGCAAGUGGGAGGCAAGUAUGGCCCAGCAAAGGCACCAACUUAACCCUCUGGGACCCAGCAAUAAGACCUCGGUGGAUCAGCAGGGAUCCUGCCAGAUGGGUCUCCAGACUCUCCCUCACCACACAGGUUCAGUAUACAUCUCCGACGAUGAGCUGGUGUCGCUCUCCGUCAGGGAACUUAAUCGUCGACUUCACAAUAUGUCUAAGGACCUCCAGACCAAAUUCAAGCAAAAGCGACGAACCCUCAAGAACCGCGGCUACGCUCAGAGUUGUCGCACCAAGCGCCAGAACUACAAGAUGCAGCUGGAGAACUACAACAGAAGUCUUCGAGGCGAGAACGAGACUAUCCAGGAGGAGGUGGCCCGCAUCAGCCAGCAGAACAGUCACUUCAAGUCUGAGAACGCCUCCCUCAGUAACGAAGUGGAGAGGCUCAAAAAACAGUUGGAGAAAGCAUUAAGAGAAUUAGACUCGUUACGACGGCAACUACAGCAGCAGCAGCAGCAGCAGCAGCAGCAGCAGCAGCAGCAACAACAGCCGCCACAGCAGUCACAAGAUACUCCACCAGCAGGGCAGGAACUGUACUCUAUGUGACCGUGUCGUCCAGAGCAGCAGCAGGAGCGACAGGAGGACCCCGGCUACAGUAGCAGGGGUAAGGGUGGCGUGGUGUCCUGGCCUGUCGACCCUCUGUCGUCGUAGACCAGUAGACACCCACUACCGCCGCCGCUCGUCCGGCUGUGAUUUUCCUCUUGGACGAGUCGGGGAGCCCGAGACUGGCGCGGAGGUUCCCACACCCUGGUGAGGGCGCUGUGCCCCCCGCCCGCGCCCAGCCCCCCUCACCUCUCACCCUGGCGACAAUCAUCGGGAGGUCUGCGGUGCGGACGGCAGGGCACCGCCGCCGCCCACUACGCCCGCGCCGCUACCUUCAACAUCCAAGCGCCGUGGACACCGCCGCCUCGCAGGUAGUGUACGUCAGAGCUGCUGAUCUAUAAACUAAACAAGUUGUUGUACAGAACAAGAUAUAAACUGUAUAUGUGCUUCUUCUUCAUUUCAAACUCUUCUUUUUUAUUAUUGGUCUUGACGCCAGAAACCUGCAGCUCCCACCACACUUUUGUUGUGAGUGUUUGAUAAGUUUGUUUGGGUCGUGGCGGACUGGUGGACUCCCCGGGCCAGCCAUCAGCGGUUCCCACAACCAUCACGGGCCAAGGGGAACACCAGUCACCCCACAUCUGUCCCGCGCUCACCCCUAACUUAUCACAUCCUAUAAUUGUCUCUCGGCGCGUCACUCUCUUCUACAAACUUUUCCACCAGUGUUUUCAAUGGAUGAAUAUUGGCUGAGGAACGAGCACAAAAAAAUAUUAAAAUAAUGAAAGAUGUGGAAAAGUUUGACGCUCCGUGAGAAGUGUAAUGAUGCAGGACUUGUGUACAUAUAUGGCGGCGUGUGUCAUUAAGCAGUGUUCAUUCCACUUCACAUCGUCACAAAUCUCUGAUGGGUUUAGUUCCCAGAGCUAUGUUGUGUUGAGUAAUGUAAAGUGUUUUAUAAAUUUUAGGUUGAAAAGUAUGUAAGCAAAUGAAUUAUUCAGCAGCAGACAAACUAUGGUCGUGACUCACCAAGAUUUUGUAUGUUAAUUUUGUCCCCUAACUGGUGCUAAGAGAACGUAUCUAGUUAAGGUAGAGUCUCAGCGCAGUUUUGAUGCCAUUGUGGGAAUUAAAUUAGUGAAUCAGCUUAAAAGUCAGCCACUUAGUCGUGUUCUCAUUACAGUAGUUACGAGACAAGUUUAACAUACGAUCACUGGAGAGUCUUGGUCAUCACCCCUCAGUGCUGGAGUGUACAUCUGAGUGUCACGUCGUUCAUUGCACCACGUGACCAGUGACCAACAGACUCAGUGUUGGAUCAAUGUUGCCCCACAGUUUGUUCACGUUGUCCACAUCUUGGUAUUCAGAUUAAAAACAUUAAAAUUCAGAGGAAGUAUAAUACCUUACUGAGGAGUUUGAGGGAGUCUUUAUAUAACAGCUAUAUGGUGUAUUAGUAUUAAAACCCUUGCUUUGUAACUGUUAAUCUCGCUGACAAAAAUAAAAAAAUAAAAAUAAAUUAAAAAACAAUGAAUAAAAGAACAGGGAGUGGUAGGAGGAGACGAUAUCUAAAUGGUCAUGGAAGAGUUUUCACCACUUCCCAUGACCUGCCUUUAUCGUCUCCUCUGAGGCUAUGGGUCCCCUAAUUGACCAGAGGUGGUACUCCCUAUACAAACUAGACUCACACCGAUUAGUAUAUUAACACACAAAUUAUCAGUCACUUUCUGGCAACUGUAGACUUAAUUAAGAGAGUGACUUACCUCCAGUUUCUUUCAGAGCAGAUCAUUUUUCUUUUCUGUACUGAUGGUGGGUAUA